GUAGUAGUACGAUGAAGAUACACAGUUGGUGGAGAAGAAAAAAUAAUUUCAAAUAAAUGAAAUUAAAUAUCACGAUACGAAGUAUUAUUAUCGUUGAUAUAAUAAUAAUGUUUGUGGCAACAUAAGUAAAUAUUAACAUGGAUUGAACCAUGCUGUUGGAGCGUAACAGGAUGUCCGGUUUCCCCGGAAGUGCUAUAUUUGGCUUAGUCUUAAGAUAUGGCCGCUUACAUUGUGUUGCUACCAAACCUGCUCGCUUAGCAAAUAAGACUUUAUGGAUGUAUUAUAAGACGACCAAUAAUCGCUUGCCAGAACAUAUUGAUGUGUCCAGUUUUGCAGCGAACCUCUGACGGCGCGUAAACGCUUGGAGAUACAGAUGAAGCCGGAGUUUUAACAGCCUGCAGCCGGCUAGCGCGUUAGCCACCUACCAACCCUGCGCUGCCUGAAGACUCUGCCUGCAGUAAUCCUACUAACAGCCUCUUAACCACCGCCACACGUACGGGCAUACGGUACCUCACCAAAGCUUACGUUGCUCUGCUGCUAACCCAACCCAAACCUAGUGUCUCUGGUCCCCCGGAGCCUAGAUGCCCGAGCAAGGCCCCAGGAUGAAUGUGUUUUCUCUUGGCGAGCUCUGCUGGCUCUUCUGCUGCCCGCCUUGCCCCAGCCGCAUCGCCGCCAAGCUGGCCUUCCUGCCCCCCGAGCCCACCUACUCGGUGCACACCGACCCGCAGGGGGCCUCCAGCCUGCACCUCACAGAGCGGGCGGACUGGCAGUACUCCCAACGCGAGCUGGACGCCGUGGAGGUGUUCAACACGAGGAGUAGCCGGGGCAACAGGCAUCUCCCCACCCUCCUCCCCCUCUCCAGGUACGGAGUGACCCCGGAGAACAUCAUCCUGUACGGGCAGAGCAUCGGCACCGUGCCCACCGUGGACCUGGCGGCUCGCUACGAGGUGGCCGCCGUCAUCCUGCACUCCCCGCUCAUGUCCGGCCUGCGGGUGGCCUUCCCCGACACGCGCAAAACCUACUGCUUCGACGCCUUCCCAGGUAAGCACUCCAUCGACAAGGUGUCCAAGGUGGCGUCCCCGGUGCUGGUGAUCCACGGCACGGAGGACGAGGUCAUCGACUUCUCCCACGGCCUGGCCAUGUACGAGCGCUGCCCACGCGCCGUGGAGCCCCUCUGGGUGGAGGGCGCGGGCCACAACGACAUCGAGCUCUACGCCCAGUACCUGGAGCGCCUCAAGCAGUUCAUCACCGUCGAGCUGCCCGCCUCCUGAGGGCCCCCGACGGGGUUGGCCUGUUCACUGGCUCGCCGCCGAUGGGUCGCUCGCUCGCUCGGACGGACGGCCAGACGGACGGCCGGCUGGUUUAAUUGGCCGGCCGGCUGGCUGGCUGGCUGACCGGCUGACCGGCCCGACUGGCUUGGGCCCGCACUGCAUUUCACCACUAUUAAGAGGCCUCUUUCUCCUCGUGUCCCCUCCCGUCAUCCCUCGUCUUCAUCUCUUUACAGCCGGCUGAUUUUUCGCACGCGCAGAGCUUUUACCCCCGGGUGACCCCGGAACCGUUGUCGCACUCCUCUGCUUGAUCCCCUGCCCCUGCUGCCCCCCCCCCCCCCCCUCCCCACCAUGACAAACAAACACACAUGCACCCAACUAGGUGCUUAUGGGGGUCGUAACAUUUGCCAAGGACUCGGGUCCCUGCUUCAGUGUUUCUCAAUCAGCGGCAGUGCUCGUCUGUCUUCCCCAACGCACUCCUACCUUGCACUGACCCAACGCUCUGCCCCGCCUUCCCAGUUGGCCCUCUCCUCACUCCCCCAAUGGUCCCUUCCUCACUCCCCCAAUGGUCCCUUCCUCACUCCCCCAAUGGUCCCUUCCUCACUCUCCCAUUGGUCCCUUCCUCACUCCCCCAUUGGUCCCUUCCUCACUCCCCCAUUGGUCCCUUCCUCACUCUCCCAUUGGUCCCUUCCUCACUCUCCCAUUGGUCAUCCCCUCUCUGUCCCAGAUGUCCCCAGCUCUCUGUCGCCCUGUGCUUCUCUGGGACCUCUGGAUCAGGCUUUAAAUCUUGGGCAAGUUCACUUUGCUCUGACUGUUUCUUCAUCUUCUCAAGCACACGUUUUUUUUUAUUUCAUUUUGUAACCUGCUGAUAAAUUUUGAAAAUCCGAACCUCCAUUGAUGAUUGAAGGUUUCGCAUAUUUCAUGUAAUUUAGAUUUUUUUUAUAUAAUGGGUGUCCAUUCAGGGUUGAUUUAAUAAUUGCACUUUUAUUGUGCUUGUCAUUUCAGGUGGUUGUAUUUUAUUCUUAUUAUUUUGUAUAUGUCAAGCGUUUUUCUUUUUUGCGUGUCAUUUGCAUUCCAUAUUUCUCUUAAGGGAAACGACUGAAUUGUAAUUUUUCUUGAGUUUUUCCAGCUCUCGUGUUCAUCUGUGUGCAGAGACACGCUGAGGACGAUGCCCUUUCGGUACCUUUGUAUACACUAGAGUGGACUGAAUCGUGCUGUAACGUUGCACCAGUCGGCAUGGGUGCUGCGUUUUACCUGGGGUCACAGAGAGAAAGUGUUUUUUUUUUUUUUUUUUUUUUUUUUAACCUAUAAGCACCUCCUCUACCCUUCUCGGCCUGGCUCCUCCGUGACCUCGCUCCAUUUGAAGUUUGUUAGCUUUAUGUGAAAGCGUGUUCAACACGCAGUCAUUUCACACACUACAGACAAAACAAAGCCUUAUGUCUACGGACAUUUGUUGUUGUUGUUGUUCCCAUAAGCAUAAGACGGCAGUAAUAAGUAAUUAUGUUGUUCCGCGUUUACGCCUCCUCUCGCGGUCUCUCGUUGUGGAGAUGACCGGAAACCUGCUGCUAUUCGUUUGGAGGAUUCAGUCACUCACUGUGAAACACGCAUUAAUAAAAACAACCAAGACUGUGAUGUAUGGAGCUAACCGCUAAGGUACAAACUAGUCUGGCCUCUACUGGGCUACCAACCCCCAGACCUCUUGCCUCGCCAGGGACCGACUGCUUUAGGUGCUUCUAGGAGUUGCGAGCAAUGCACUUGAAUCUCCACCUCAACAUGGCGCUGGAUGAUUUGGUUUUCCCUCAGCCUGGUUUGGUUCCUCGUUUUGUUUGACUAACAUCCCCGCUCUCUGAUGGUAUCGCCGUGUUCUCUAUGAUAUGAAUGAAGUUACACUACCCUUAAACCACAUGCAUACAUUUUCAAAGAAGGAUUUUUUACUUGAAGGAGAUUUGCAAAAACGACAUUGUAAUCGUCUUAUGGAUCUAUGUACUGCUGUGAGGUUUGACGCCCGUUUUGAAGACUGUUAUUAUUUUGUAUUUUUUUUUUUGUGGAAGGUGAUUUUGAUCAUUGCCAUCUCAGUCCACGAUAUGCUCUUUCUUCGCUCCCGUUUUUAAAGGAAGACCUAAACCUCCUAAACCCUGCUUUAGUUGUAAUUAUUGUUUUGAUACUGACAUUUUUAUGAGGUUUUUCAGUCUAAAUGUGGAUAGAUUUUUUCACUGUCUUUGGAGCCAGUUUGUAAGAUAACUAAUGUAAUGUUAAACUUUAAAUAUCUUCUCUUGACGUUCACGGCCAGAAGACAAAGGGCCUGUCCUAGUCCAUUUCAUUUUAACACUGGAAUUGUAAUAUGCAAAUCAAAUGCAGAAAAAAACCUAGUAGAGCCAGACUUUGGUAAUAGUGUGUGAAGCAAAAUGACUUAAAAAGCCUUAAAUGUGCCGUUAAACAGAUUAAUGUCAUUAGUGUGGCUGUUGGGAGAGAAAGCAACUCAAUGGAUAUUUUAUCACUUACAAUAGAAUAAAGGAUGCAUGAAUUAUG